GGGACAUCGGUCGUUAGGGCGUCGACUAUAUCUACUGCUGUCUACCCCGCUACCUUUGCUACUGCUGCUCACUCAAGACCUCUCAAGUUCUCUCCUCAGCAGUCAUCAUUCUCUAGAUCCUCCAGGCAAUUCUCGUCUACUACAGCCAGCAUGUCUCCCAGCACUCAAGCUUUGAUCGAGGUGGCCAAGUCCCGCCGCACCUACUAUGCUCUGGGCCGCAAUGCGCCUGUCCCAGACUCCGAGGUUGUCAGCCUCGUGAACGAAGCUAUUCUGCACGUCCCUAGCUCUUUCAACACCCAGUCUACGCGCCUGGUUGUUGCCCUGGGUGCUGACCACGAGAAGGUCUGGGACAUUGCUGCCGAUGCUUUGAAGGGGCUCGUUGCCACCGGCGCCGUCCCCCAAGAGACGUAUGACAACCAGACCAAGCCCAAGCUUGACUCUUUCAAGGCUGCCUACGGAACUGUCCUCUUUUACGAAGACCCCGCCCACAUCAAGCCCUUGGGUGAAAAGUUCCCUGCCUUUGCUUCCAAAUUCCCCGAGUGGGCCGACCACUCCAACGCCAUGCACCAAUGGUUCAUCUGGUCCGGUCUGGAAACCCUUGGCUUCGGCGCCAACCUUCAGCACUACAACCCUCUGGUCGACCCCGGUCUGUCCAAGGCCUUUGAUGUCCCCGCCGAGUGGCAGCUGAAGGCCCAGCUGGUCUUUGGCUCCAUUGAGUCGCCAGCAUCCGAGAAGACUUUCAAGCCUGUUGAGGAGCGCGUCAAGAUCUUUGGUGCCAAGUGA